AUGCCAGUAUUAGUCGUGGUUGUGCCAAGCGUUGGCGGUAUACUGGCGUACUACAGACCAGUUAUAAAUGCGAUCUUUGGCCAGCCAGUAUUAGUCGUCGGUGUGCCAAGCGUUGGCGGUAUACUGGCAUAUAACGGGCAGCGAAUGAAUUACGAGCGUGGGCUAGCCAGGUUAGUCGAAGUUGUGCCAAUCGUUGGCGGUAUACUGGCGUACUACAGGAAAGUUGUAAAUGCGAGCUUUGGCCAGCCAGUAUUAGUCGUCGGUGUGCCAAGCGUUGGCGGUAUACUGGCAUAUAACUGGCAGCGAAUGAAUCGCGAGCGUGGGCCAGUCAGUAUUAGUCGUAGUUGUGCACUUGUGCCAAUCGUUGGCGGUAUACUGGCGUACUACAGGCCAGUUGUAAUUGCGAGCGUGGGCCAGCCAGUGUUAGUCGAAGUUGUGUCACGCGGAAGUAAUGCAAAAGCAGUCACCACGGCGCUGUCGAUUCAAACAGGAAAGAAAAAGUCGUAG